AUGCUCGAUCAGGCGCUCAAGACCAUCGGCCUCGUCUGGGUUCUCUACUCGGCCUACCGCCUCUACGAUGCCCUCGCGCUGCGGAUCCUCCCCGCGGUGCCGCUGACGCGGUACCAGAAGAACGGCCCCUUCGAGUCCUGGGCCCUCGUCACCGGCGGCUCGGCGGGCGUCGGCCUGGGCUGCGCGCAGGAGCUCGCCCUGCGCGGCUUCAACGUCGUCCUGUGCGGCCACGACGUGGACGAGCUCGAGGACGCGCGCGCCCUCGUCGAGUCCGAGUGCCGCCUGCGCCGCCUCAAGGGCGACGUCGCCGUGCGCCUCGUCGUCCUCGACCCCGUCGCCAGCUCGGCGCGGCAGCUGCAGGCCGCCGUCGACGGCCUCGCGGACCUCGACGUCACGGUGCUGGUCAACAACGCGGGCGGCGUGCCGGCGCAGCAGCAGCAGCAGGGGUGGCCGCUGCUGCGGGAGAUGAGCGUCGACGAGGUCGACGCGACCAUCGACCUGAACGCGCGGUUCAUGGCGCGCCUGACGCGGCUGAUGGCGCCGGCCCUCGCGCGGAACGGGCCCUCGCUCGUGCUCAACGUCGGCUCCUCCUCGACGACGACGGCGGCGGCGGCGGGGAGCGAGCCGGGCUCGGCCGUCUGCUCGGCCACCAAGGCCUUCGUCGCGUCCUUCAGCCGGGCGCUCGCGCGGGAGAUGAAGGCCGACGGCGCGGCC